AUGGGUAUCAGCUCAUAUUGUAGUGAUCACUUCCAUGCACUUGAACAGCAACGACUGAGUCUAGAAGAGUCGAUCAAGCAAUUGAGGGCAAUGCAUGGCAGGGAUGCCCUUCAAGCAAUGGAAGAGGAAAGAAAACGUAUGGAGGAGUUAUUGCACGAAUUAAAGACGACAAUGGACCGUUUACAAGGGUCUAACGAAGUCCAGCAUGACACGAAGCUGCUCGAGGAAAGCCUCAAUCCACCAUCUGGUCUUCAAGUUAAUGCACAGCAUAUAGAUCAAAUUUAUGCAAUUUUGUUCUCUUGA